UAUCAUUAUAAUUGUCACUGUACGUAGUUUCUAUUGAGUUGCGUAUGAAUCAAAUUAAUAGCUAAUGCAAUCUUUAUUCAAACAGUUGUAAAUAGUCAAACGUACCUAACAAUAAUAAAAAUUACCAUGUUGUGACCGAAGCCAUGUAAAUUGCACUCGAUAGCUGAUAGAUUGAAAAAACAAUGGAGGAAUUAACCCUAAUGCAAGACCUCAUGGAUUUAUCCAUGCGUAUGCGUCAAGAAAGGCUAUUUACACAGUAUGAGUUAAAUAAUUUACAAACAUUAAAUGAACAAGUUACAAGUAUAUCUAACAGAUUAGCACAAGAAGCUUGGAUAACAACCCAACAAAGGAUAAAUCUUAAUAGAUUAGUAUUAUCUAAUCCUGAUUGUACACCAGCAGACUGUUGUGAAAUAGCUCAUAGAUUAGAUGAAGCUCAAUUUAUUGAAGCACAUGAGGCUCUAGGCUAUGAAAAUACUCAAACAUUUGGAACAAUUGUUCAGAAGUUACGAGUAAAUCCUAAACUCUUAGCAUACUGUUUAACAGCUGGUGAUAGAUUACUAUCUAAUAGAAUGCCAGAAGUAGUGAACUGUAUUUUAUCAGGUGUAUUUGGUUCAUGCUUGAUGGCUGAAGAUAAUGUCUUGUUUUUGAAAUUAUUAAGACAUUUGGCUGUGCUUCAAUUAAUACCUGCAGAUAACCCCCACAGGGUUUUGUGUCAUGGUUCAUGUGCUUUUUCAAGAUUAUACUCUGCUUUCCAUGGAAGUUUAUUUUCUGCUAAAUUGUUUUUAACUGCUGCUUUUUAUGAUCCUAUAAUGCAACUACUUAAGGAUGAUGAAAAGUUCCUUGAUAUUGAUCCAGAUAAAGCUAGAAUAAGGUUUUCACACUUAAAAAUCAGUAAUCGAGAUAGUCCUGAUUAUAAUUUGAAGUUGCAAAGCUAUAGAAAAAAUACUGUUGAACAACUUGUUGCUAUUGCUUCUAAAUUUAUAAAUAGUCUCAAUGAAAAUUUAUACUGCUUUCCAAGUUCAGUUUGUUGGCUUGUUAGACAAAUACAUGUGCUUUUAUCAAAUGGAAGUACAUUAAGUGAAAAACAAAUUUAUAGUGUUUGUGUAAAUUUAAUAUUUACCUAUUUCAUUUGCCCAGCAAUUGUGAACCCUGAACCUCAUGGUAUUACAGAUGCUGAUAUUACUCAGACUGCUCGAUAUAAUUUAAUACAAGUAGCUAAUAUCAUUCAAAUGCUGGCCAUGUGCAAAUAUGAUCCAAUUGAUAAUAAAGUACAAGACUUGUAUCAGCAUUUUAAUAAGGACUGUGUCUCUAGUAUUAUGGAGGCUUUAUUGAAAACUUCAUCCAGAAAUUCUCUUAAUGAUGAAAAUUUAACUGUAAAUGCUAGUUUUAAUAUAGAAAAUCUUAUAAGAACAGUGGGAUUAUUUACAGAAGACGAAUUGCAAACAUUUGUAAAUUUUUUGAAUGUAGUAUCUAACGAUGGAAUGUUAAGUGAAUCUGAUAAAAAAGAACUAGCCGAUAUGUUAAUUAAUAUGCCAAUUAUAUGGCCAGAUACUAAUUCAAAUGACAAGUUCCAAUUACCUUUAGAACAAAAGAAACUCAGCAUUCUCAGUAAAACAGCUGCUUCAUCUAUUGGUAAAGUCUUGCCUAACACAAGUAUUUUAAACUUCUCUAAUUUUGAAGAUUUUAAUGAUGAAGAAAAAAUUAAAAAAGUACUUAUAAUUCCAUUUGAAAACUCAAUUAAACAAACUAUUGGAAUGUUACCUGAAUAUAAAGUAUUAGAACUGGUAAAAAAUAAUUCUGAAGAGGAUGAUGAACAAAACAAACAUUAUGAAAAUACUAAGAAAAAAGAAAAACCGUUACAUUCUGUUUCUCAUGAAGGAUCUAUUGUUGACACUGGAAAUGCUAGUGACUACUUAGAAGCUGUAUCAGAAGCUGCAUCCAAUCAUAGUGUUCCAUCAUCAGUAGAGCUUGAUCAAGAUCAAAAUGAUAACUUAUCUGAUAUGGUAUCAGCUAAUGUGUCAGGACGUGGUACUCCAAAUAUAUCUGGUCGUGAUACUCCAUCUUCUCAAGUUACAGAAAAUGAAGACGUGGCUAAUGGUAUUCCUUUACCACCAGUUCGUAAUAAUCCAGCAGCAAAACAAUGUAAAUUUGAUUUAGAUGACAAGUUUGGUAAAUUUGAGAUCAAAUCAAAAAUGCAAGGAAUGGGUCGCGAUGAAACUACAUCAUCAAUGGUAUCAGACACAUGGAGUAUGGAUGUUUUAGCUAGUGAUAAUGAAAUACUCGAUCAAUCAGAACGAUCUCAAAUCAAUAUACAACCGCCAAUUCAAGCUCCUCCUAUAAAUCAACAUAUUUUGGAUAAUAAUGAAACUGCAUCUGAAGCUUGGAGUACAGAUGUUUUCGCUUCAGAUACUGAUAGAUUAGGUGAAGUAGAUACUGAUGAUACUGCUAGUGUAGCUCGAUCUGAUGAUAUGUUAAGAUAUGAGAUAGAAAGCCGUGGUGAUAUAGAUGGAGCUGAUGAUUCUUCUAGCUAUCAAUAUUCCCAAAAUGUAUUUAGACCAAUAUUAGAAGUACAACAAGAAGGUGCAAUGAGGUCAGAACAUGCUGCAUUAUCAUUUCAUAAUAGAUUACAAAGGCGUAAAGUGUCUGAUAGUAGCGGUGAAUCAAAUAUCUUCAAGUUAAUUAAUUCUCCUGAUGAUAGUUCUAUGAAUAGAACUGAUACAGGACUUAACACUUCCAAAUCAUCUUUUUCUAUGAUAUCAAGUGGUCAAGCAGCUACUGGAAGUGGACUCCCAAAACUAAGCCAUCGAACUCAGCCAUCAUCUAGUCAAGAAGCAUCUAUUGAUGAAGGAGAUGCAAAUAUUGGUUUACAUAUGAGUUCAUGCAGUUUAGCGUCAACUAGUAGUAGUAGUGGUAGUAGUAUGGGUGCUAAAUCUAAACCCCUAAUGAUGAAUGGUUCAGUUAUUACUAUGAAAACUACUACUAACAUGGUAUCAAUAAAUUCUAAAAUGAGCAACAGUAGUGGAAGUUUAAUAACAAAAAGUAUUAGUUUUGAUAAAACAGCCGAACGUGGAGAUAGAGAUGCUUAUGAUGAUGAAAAUAAAAUUAAAAAAGGAUUUUUCAAAAACUUAAAAAUAUCAUUUAAAAAUCGUCGAGGAAAAUAUUAUAGAAAUGAUGAAUUAGGGUAUGAUCAACUACAAGGAUGUAGCAGUAGUAAUGUAAAUGAUUCUACUCUUAGUACAAAUAUUGCAGAAAAUGUUUUGUUAAAUGAAUCAUCUGAAGAUAUAUUGGCAAAGUACCGUAAAAAGCCAAAUACAAUUACACCUGAAAAUAGUUCCAAUCAAAAAUUGGGUAGUACUAUAAAUGAAGAAGAUUCCUCGUCAGAAUUAAAUAAGAAUAUUGAUUUAGAAUCAUCUUCAUUUGAUAAUGCUAAGAAAAAAUUACGUUUAGUCCUAAGUACUGUAGACAUUCAGUAUGUACCUUGGUGCAAUGAAACAGAAUCAAAACCUAUGCUAAAUACUUGGCGAGAUAAAGAUAAUGAGCUUGUGGGUUUACUUCAAUAUCAAUUAGCUGAAGCUACAAAUUUAAAUGAUCACUUUUUAGCAGCAAGGUUACAUGAAACAAUCCGAUGCAUGAAAAUGUUUGACACUCAUGGCUGUCAGAAAUUAUUAAGUGCAUUAAAAGAUGAUUAUAAGUCUAGAGCACCUUAUAUUACUUAUUUAGUGAAAUGUAGAAAAACAUUAUUAACUAGUAUUGCUCAAUUAAAUAGGCUUCUUGAGCAAAUUAAAUGUGAUCGAGAUGUUUGUAGUCAAUUUUUAAUCACCAAGUGUGUGCAAAUUUAUCUAGAACAAAAUGAGCAAAGUGUAUCUGAUUUUGUUUAUGAAUUUGAACAACGUAAGUUGGCUGAUGAGAAAAACCAACACUUAAAUCAAUUUUUAUCAGCUCUUCAGACUGAAAUGAAACGAAACAAUAUUUGGAAAGGUGCUAGUUAUGAUCAAUUUGAUGAAGCAAAAUUAGCUAUUGAAAGAGCAAUUAUUAGCAGAGUGUAUCCUUUAGCCAUGUACCCCAAUGGUGAUGCAGAUUUUUAUAGAGACCAGGUUCUCCAUGAACACAUGUCUAAUUUAGCAAAGAACAUCAUGCCUACUCAUAAUGAUUUACGAAUACCUAAAAUAUUUCAUUUUGAGUGCCCUUGGCCAUCAGCUCAAGCAGAAAUUUCUGCAAUUUCUGCGUAUAAAACACCAAAAGACAAACUGCAAUGUAUUUUCCGUUGUACUACAACACUUUUAAAUUUAAUGUCAAUUGCUGGUGAACAUGGUAAUAUGCAUCCAGCUGCCGAUGAUAUAAUGCCUGUGCUUGUUUAUGUCCUUAUUAAAGCAAAUCCACCAUCACUACUAUCAACAGUUCAAUAUAUUAAUAGCUUUUAUGGUGAUCGAUUAGAAGGUGAAGAAAGUUAUUGGUGGAUUCAAUUUUGUGCAGCUAUUGAGUUUAUUAAAACAAUGAACUGAUGCUAUAAUUCUUUUAUUUGUAUUUUUGAACUUGGGAAUUUACACCCAUAAUAAUAUUGAGCAUUUAUGUUUAACAUAAGUUCAUUUUAAUUUUACCUUUGGUUGGUUUAUAUUAUUGUUUUAACAUAUGUCUAAAUCUAUUAAAUAACAUCUUAACUUAUAUGUGUAUUUUUACUUAUAUAUGUAGUUCAAAUGUAUAUUAUUUUUCAUUAUGAGUUAUUUAUAAUAGUGUUCCGAUUUUAUCCUACUGUCAAAGGUACUGUAUGAUACCUAUUUUUAAUCUCUAAAAUUAUGUGUUUUAGACAUUAUACUAGUUAUUAUUAUUUAUAUUAUUUUAUGUAUGUAGUUGCAUCUUGUACUACCCCUUGAUUAUCUAAUUUUCCUGUUUUUUUUUUAUUAUUCAUGGAUUUAAGUAUUAAUCUACUACAAAAAAUUAAUUAUUGUAUGUAAAUUUUAUUAAAAUAAUUUUAUUUAUAAAAAAAAAUAAUUAUUAGGUUUAAUAAAAAUAUAUUAUAAAUUAUUUAAUAUAUAUGGGAUUAUUUUUAA